UCUGAUAAAGCCAAAAAAUUUAUGUUAAACAUGGCAAAGCUGAUGAUGAUUGUGGCUUUUGUUGUUCAUUUGGCUUUUGUUAUUAUUAUGAAAUGCUCAGCCACCACCUACUAUGUUGGAGACAACUCAGGUUGGGAUAUCAGUACCAAUCUGGGUACCUGGAUUCAAGAUAAGAAAUUCAAGGCCGGCGAUGUUCUUAUUUUUCAAUAUUCUUCGUCUGAUAGUGUCGAUGAAGUUACAAGAGAAAACUACAAGACAUGCAACACAAACAAGGUUUUGGCAACUUAUGGCAAUGGAAACACCACUGUGCCAUUAACAAGACCUGGAGACAGGUAUUUUGUGAGUGGCAACAAACUGUAUUGCCUUGGAGGUAUGAAGCUCCAUGUUCAUGUCGAAGGUAAUGGCACCAGUUCCCUGGCUCAGGCCCCGGCUAGGGCAAUGCCAGUGGCCGGUCCGACCAGCGCCACCUCCGGCCUUCCGGGGAAGACUACAGCAUCGUCCCAGAAACACACUCCUCUGACAAGUGGGUCUAAGAAUGUUGGUGUGGACACUAAUGUUCAGUUGGUUUGCGUUGCUCUCAUGGUGGCUUCUAUUUCCUGGAUUUUCCAGAUUUGAGUAUUGUGAUAACUUAAUUAUGACUUUAUUUGAGUGUAAUAUUGUUUAACUACACAAUAAUAAUGAUUUGCAGUUGGAAGGCUGACCUACCCUUCGAGUUUUACCAUGAUUUAAAAAUUAUUUUAAAAAAUAUCGUGUAUACAUUAUACAUCUUGGGAAUUUACAUUACUACUAUUUUUGAA